ACAGUAGCCGCGCGCACACAUGCUCUUCACUCCCACUGCAAGCAUGGCUGGCGACAGUGAAACACAUCUUAAAGACAGAGAAGAGAACGGACACGCCAUCCAAAUGCCUUUCCUCAUCGGUGUGUCUGGAGGCACGGCCAGUGGAAAGUCCUCAGUAUGCGAGAAGAUCGUGGAGCUCUUGGGCCAGAAUAAAAUUGACCGUCAUCAACGGCAGGUGGUGAUCCUCAGUCAAGACAGCUUUUAUAAGGAGCUCACUCCUGAACAAAAGGCCAAAGCACUCAAGGGCCAGUUCAACUUUGAUCACCCAGACGCUUUUGACAAUGAACUCGUCAUGAAGACUCUGCGCGACAUCAUACAGGGGAAGACAGUGCACAUCCCGGUUUAUGACUUUGUUACCCAUUCCAGGAAGGAUGAGUUUGUUACAGUGUAUCCAGCAGAUGUGGUUCUCUUUGAGGGGAUUCUCAUGUUCUAUUCGCAAGAGAUUCGAGAUCUGUUCCAAAUGAAGCUGUUCGUGGACACCGAUCCAGACACAAGGCUCUCACGAAGAGUGUUGCGGGAUAUCGGUGAGAGGGGCAGAGAGCUAGAACAGGUUCUGACCCAGUACAUCACUUUCGUAAAACCAGCAUUUGAAGAGUUCUGUCUACCUACUAAAAAGUACGCUGAUGUCAUCAUCCCUCGUGGAGCAGACAAUCUUGUGGCUAUUAAUCUGAUCGUGCAGCAUAUACAGGAUAUCCUGAAUGGGGGAUUCACCAAACGACAGAACGGUUUUACAAAUGGUUACGAAACACCCAGACAAAGACGGGCGUCUGAGUCCAGUAGACCUCAUUGACCUCACUGUGGCCCUUCCCUCCAUUGAGGAGAGGGCAGGACUGAAUAAUAACAGUGGCCAUCCUUUCUGAUGAAAAACGAGGGGAUGCAGAGCUGAAAUGCCUUUGUUAUUGUAGCUAUUAUUUGCAUUUGAAAUAUUGUGUAUAGCUGUUUGCUUUUACAGUUUUUUUUUUUCUUUUUUCUGAGGGAUUUGAAGGUGCUGUCUGUUUUUCUGGAAGGUUUGAUUAUACACUUGCCUGUCCUGUCAGUGUGUCCAUCUACUUUCUCAACUAUUCAGACAAUAAAAGAAUAGUAUGGAGUUUUGUCAGACUGGAAGUAGAGACACCUGGGAUCACUGCCAUUAGAGCACACAUACUUGAAGUCAGAGCUCAGGUUGGGUGGGUUGUUCCAACCGCAAAGAAGAAAAAAAAAAAAACCCUAGUACCUCAUUUUUGAGAGCCCUUUAUGUGUGUAUGAGUGAAUAGUUACCAAGCGUGUCAGUUACAUUCUGAUGAUCACAUUUCAGUUCUAUUAGCUUUCUAGUUGAAUAACAGUAUUUGUCACAUGGUUCUUUAAUAACAAUGAUAUUGUACAUGAUACAGCAAGAUACAGUUUUAAAUGUUUGUGCCUGUGAGGUGGGAAUCAAAAGAGUUACAUAAGCUUUCUGUAAAACCCUUAUUUUGUUAAAAGAAGUGGUUCCAGUUUUACCUUCAAAAUGCCAUAUACUCUAUGUAAUAUUUUAUACUCCGUGACUAUCAUCGCAUGCUAAACCUUAUCAAAUGAGGGAUUGUGCUUAGAUUGCUAUCAUUUAACUGACAAGUGUUACAUAAAAUACCUCCAACUGACAAUUAUCUUCAACACUAUGAGAUACAUAUUAAUGCAUUAUAGCAUAUUUAAUUACUUGAAUCAUAAUUCAGUAAUCCUCACUGAUCACUUUUCCCCCCCUCAUGCUUGUGGGCCUAUUUUUUCCAGUAAUUUUAAACAUGACCUCUUUAUGGUCUGAUUUUGUUGAUGAACAAUGUAUUAUGGUGGGAAAGGAAUAAAAUAAUUUUAAAACCUG